AUGAAUUGGUCCGAUGGUGAAGGUUUAGGUAAGGAUAAUCAAAGUAAAAUUAAUCCAAUAAAAGUUGAAAAAAAGAAUAAUAAAUUAGGUUUAGGUAAAAUUAAUAAAAACAAUAAUAGUAAAAAUAUUAUCCAAAUUUUUGGAAAAGAAAAAAUACCAAAAAUGGUAUUUAUGAAAAUAAGAAAAAUUUAA